UUUCUCUCCUCUCUUCUUCGUCUUCUUCGUCUCUGCAUUUAAUGUUGGUUUGAAUACGACGCUUCGUCUUCAACUUUCUCCAAGCUACGUUCCGAGGAAAGCUUUAUACGUAUAUGUAUAUAAAAGAUUUGACUUUGUAAUCUGAUUGAGACGUUUUUGUUUCGAGAGAGAGAGAGAGAGAGAAAGAGAGCUUUUUUAAUUUUUUGGUUUUUGUUUACCUAAAUCGGGGAAAUUUAAAGAGAAAGUUCUGAUUUUUUAGAUACUCCGCGAUUUCGUGAGAUCGCUUAUUAGGUACGAAAAGAACUUGAAUAAGAAAGACAUAUAAUUUGAAAUCAUUUCUGGGGUUUUCGUUGGUUCUGGAUCUUUAAAUUGGGUGUUGAUGGAUAAAAGGAUCCGUUUUUAUUUGAUGAUUCUCGUUUCUUGAUCUUGGGUUUUGAUUCAAUUUUAAUGGGUUUUCGUAUAAAUCUGAGUUGAAUCUAGUUUCUGGGUUUUCACAUUUGUGUUUUUUUUUUUUUUUUCCAAUUCUCUUUUCAGAUUACAGAGGUUUAUACGUUAAUACAAAUGCCAGCUUUAGGUGAGAUACUUUUGGUUCCAGAAACUGAUAAAGGAAAGAGUGAAGACGUUGUUGAGGUUUCAGAGGAUGAGAAGAUCACAAGAACUCGUUCUAGAUCUUUGAAGAAGAAAGCAAUCAAAGCUUCGAGUAAAUUGACACAUAGUUUAAGGAAAAGAGGGAAGCGUGUUGCUGAUCAGUAUGCACCUAUUGUGAUUGAGGAUGUGAGGGAUGAAGAAGAGGAGAAAGCAGUUAAUGUGUUUAGAAUAGCUUUGGUUUCUCUUGAUUUGCUUCCAUCUCGUCACGAUGAUUACCAUACAAUGUUGAGAUUCUUGAAGGCGAGGAGAUUUGAUAUUGAUAAAGCUGUUCAGAUGUGGGAAGAAAUGCUAAAGUGGAGGAAAGAGAAUGGAGUUGAUACUAUAAUGCAGGAUUUUGUUUAUGAUGAGUACGAAGAAGUACAACAGUACUAUCCACAUGGUUACCAUGGUGUAGAUAGAGAAGGCCGGCCUGUCUACAUUGAACGGCUUGGUAAAAUUGACCCCGGAAAGCUAAUGAAGGUUACCACAUUGGAGCGUUUCUUGAGAUAUCAUGUACAGGGUUUUGAAAAGACUUUUUCUGAGAAGUUUCCAGCCUGCUCGAUCGCAGCAAAGAGGCACAUAAAUUCUUCCACAACCAUAAUAGAUGUGCAUGGAGUGAGCUGGAUGAGCUUUAGAAAAUUAGCUCAGGACCUUGUAAUGCGAAUGCAGAAAAUUGAUGGUGACAACUAUCCUGAGACAUUGAAUCAGAUGUACAUUAUUAAUGCUGGAAGCGGAUUCAAGCUUAUAUGGAACACAGUGAAAGGCUUUCUCGACCCUAAAACUACUUCUAAGAUACAUGUUUUGGGAAACAAAUUUCGCAGUCACCUUCUUGAGAUUAUAGAUCCAAGUGAGCUUCCCGAGUUUCUGGGAGGAAGUUGUUUGUGUGUAAAUGAGGGUGGGUGUAUGCGAUUCAACAAGGGGCCUUGGAAUGACCCGGAGAUAAUGAAAUUGGUGCGUUCGAGAGAUGCAAUGUACAAAACAAAAGAACAAGGGCUCUUGGAGAAUGGAGAAGUAGCUAAAUUAUUUGCUUUGCGGGACAAACGUGCUCAGUUGAGCAAUCAAGCUGAAGCAGUUGGUGUUGGGAGAAUGGAAGAGUCUGAUUCAACAGAUCAAUUACCCAGUAAUCUGACAGUAGAAAGUAACUCUCUUCAGAAGGUUGCAAGUUUGUUGGCUCGUUUUAUCCUCCAACUUCUUGGCAGUCUAUGUCUCAUGUUCCGGAUUUUGGGACGACUUGUAAAUAAGCAACCAGAGAACCAAUUGAGACCGGAGGUAAGGGUUUCGGUCCCGCAGCAACAUGUUCCUCCUCCUCAGGUGCAAGGAAGAGAGUCUGUUCAUCCAUGUUGGCUGAGGUUGCAAAAUCUGGAGACCAUGGUCACAGUUUUGUGUGAUAAACCCUCAAGCAUUCCUCAGGAGAAAGAAGAUAUACUUCGUGAUUCAUUAGACCGCAUCAAAUCCAUUGAGCAAGAUUUACAGAAGACAAAAAAGGCACUCUUUUUGACCGCUUCAAAACAAAUUGAACUCGCUGAGUGUUUGGAAAACUUGAAAGAGAGCAGCUCAACGGGAAUGCGUUCGUGCUGGCCAAGACAUUGCAGAAACUUCCAAGCUGAAAACUGACUUGCAGAAUAAAUUUAUCUUUGAAUCUCAUAUCCAAAGUCUCUGCAUAGCUAUUACUUCACCCUCUUAACUACUAUUACAGAUGGUAUAUAUAUUAAAGGCAAAAUGGUACAUGAAGUGAAACUGAAGAGAGAGAGCUUACAAUUGUUUAUUUACUAGUUUCUUUAGGUUAGAAAACAGAGGCAUUAGUGAACUUAUUUGGGAUUUUAGUUUUUUUACCCAUAACGAUUCUAUUGCACAUCAUUGUUGUAUAGUAUAAUAUAAUCCAAUAGUUGUGGGGAAUUAAAAAAACAAAAAAACAGAUGAUUUUACAGUAUGUAUUGUGUAUUUCUUUCUA